AUGGCGGAUGGAUCUCUUCUAUGCGUGGUAACGAAGGCAAAAAGCAACAAAGGUGGUGACGGUGUAUGCGUCGUUAUCAAAGAGAAUACAGAAAUAAUCAGCUUGAAAUAUCAAGUGGCGGAAAGGCUUAAAAUACCAAUACAAUCUCUUUCACUGAAGUUCAUAUGCGAAAGGGAAAAGAAAUUCAGUAUUUCAAUUGACAAUGACGAUGAAUUAAAUUUGAUGUUCGAGUAUUGUCGGCGUAAUGGAUUUACAGACGGCGAAUUUGUAUGCUACCUCCGCUGGGGAAUCCUAAACUUCGCAGAACACGCAGACUACGCCGGAAACUGCGUAGUACACUCCAGAUUUCCUUUUGAGUUCACUGGUAAUGAGUUGGUUGUCAAGUUCGUUGCUAAGGCUAUGUAUUUUUAUUACUACUUCAGGACAAUACCGACAGAAAAUUCGCGGUGCACAGAUACCACGUUCACCCAAUCCUGUAAUGAUGAGCGUAUUCCUAAUGACAACCCCACCGGCGACUCGAUCAUGCUGUUGGAAGACAUGCUUAAUCACCAAACAAAGAGCCCAACUGAGUGGCACACCUCCAUACGUGAAGUUGGUCAGAAAUUUAAUAGUGCUGCUGAAGUUAGAUUAGCACUUCAAUACUAUUCAAUUGCUAAAUGGUUCGAGUAUGAUUUUUACCACAAUGAACAAAGACGCAUAAGAGUCUAUUGCCGAUUCAAGCACACACAUGGUUGCCCUUGGAUGUUAUUUGCUUCCCCGCUUAGAUAUUCGUCUAUCUUGUCCAUAAAGAAUUUCGAGUCUACCCACACCUGCGGUCAACAUGGAGCAAAUGCUGGCAACUCAAGGGCAUCAAGGAAGUUCAUUGCUAGCCAAAUACAAGCUAUUUUGAAGGUUAGGCCAGAUCUUCGUGCAGUCGAUAUCAAGAACGACAUGCUCUCUAAUUUUGGCAUCAAGAUUAACUACAGUAAAGCGUGGUGGAGCAAGGAGACAGCUCAACAGGACCUGUUCGGUGACGAUGAUGAGGCUUACGAUUCACUGAGAUGGUAUGAAUCCAUGGUGCAUGCAACUAAUCCAGGGAGUCGUGUUGUUAUUGAUGCUGAUGACGGGAGGUUCAGGCGAUUGUUCAUUAGUUAUAAUGCCUGUAUUGAAGAGUUCAUUGCUGGGUGUAGGCCUCUAUUGUUCUUGAAUGGAAUAUUUAUUAAAGAUCGUUACAGAGGUAUACUACUUAGUGCUACUGGGUAUGACGGCAACCAGGGAAUAUUUCUCCUUUCUUAUUGUGUAUGUGACCAAGAGAAUGAGGUUAACUAG